GUGCCUCCGCGAAAAGUGAUCAUAAAGGAUGAUAUGGGUCGACCACUUCAUGAUACUAUCGGGCCUUACGAUGAGGACUCUAACCUGAGGUUACUUUGCGAGGCUGAAGGAGGCAAACCUCCGCCAUCCCUGCUCUGGUACAGAGAGGAUCAGAUGAUGGAUGACUCGUACAGCCAUAGCGCCGAUAAUAAGACAAUACGUAACGACAUCUUAAUAAUUAAUUUGACUCGACAUGACUUGAACACCAAGUACUCGUGUCAGGCAUCCAAUCCCAACUUCACGGCACCCAUACAGACGUCCGUGCGGUUAGACAUUAACCUAAAGCCAUUGGAUAUUAGGUUAAACUCGUUAGAGGGUCAGCUGUCGGCGGGUAAUAGCGUGGAACUGGUGUGUAAUACAGCCGGUAGUCGACCCCCGGCACAGGUAUCCUGGUUUCGAGAUAGCCGUCCAUUAAGUCAUUCCAGUGAACGCACACAAACCAUUGGCAACUUGACUACCAGUGCCAUUACGUACACCCCCACUGCCGAUGAUCACGGAGCCUACCUGUCCUGUCGGGCGGAGAACCUACGACUGGCCAAUAGUACCAUUGAAAUAGGAUAUAAACUUAAUGUGUUCUGCUUUCCUUACAUCCCUCCACCAAAUCCCCCCCCCCCUUCCUUCCGAGUUAUUAGCGAAGCACUGGUAGCGUCCCGAGUGGUGUCGGCGCACGCUUUUGAUCACAAGACUUGA